AUGGAGCGUUGGCCACUUCUCCAAGCCCGUGUCCUAGAGACCAGCCGCCAGCAACUUAGGCUUUGCCAGGUGAGAGGUCAUGGGAGAUGCUUGGAAGCGCAAGUCACAUGCACCCUCGGCCAGUGUCUGGCAGAAGAAAGUCCUUUGGUCUUGGGGUCUUCUGAUGGAAUCUGGUUAGCGAAGGCUUGUUGUGUCAGUGAAGAAGAGGAGCUGGAUGCCAUGGAUGAUCUGUUGGCCGGCUGCCUUUGCCUGCACGUGGGCUUGGACGUUGAGAAGCAACAGCUUGCACAAGAAUUGAGCCGGGAAUCGAGCUUGGUUGGCGCUGUUGGUCAAGACAGACUUUCGAAAUGCUUAUCCAGUGACUUGUUAGAAGCUUUGGGUCCAGACGUUGCCCCAAUUCUAUCCCAGUGGAGGGCAUGCUGUGAUGUCAAUGCAGAGACAUGGGUCGAAACAGUGGACGAGUCGGAACAUACCUGUCCGUUGAUACGCCAUGUGCGCUUCUUAUUCGGAUUGUUUGCAGCCUUGGCAAUGGUGGAGCACAGCUGCCAGCCAAACGCACGAGUGGAGUGGGACUCCAGUGCUCAGGCCAUGAAGCUGGUAGCCAUGUCAGACAUUGCAUGUGGGCAGCGCAUUUCGCGGUCUUACCUGGAUGCGGGGCUGCUAAUGGCUCCAACGUCCAUUCGCAAGGUUGUGCUGCAGCAAGACUGGCGGUUCGAGUGUACUUGUCUGCGCUGCAGAUGCAGCGUGCAGGAGAUAGAUUGGACGGACGUCAUGAUGCCUUUCCUACCUGACGAGAACUCUGAUUCUCAGACGGGUCCAAAAGGACGCCUUACUCUGCAGAGGUGUGCCGGACCCUUUGGAUUGACGCUUGAUCCUGCAGCGGUGCAAGCUAUCAGAAGGGCAGGCGCGGCAUGUCAAGCUCUUGGAGUUCCACCUGUCGGAACGCUUCACUUUCUUCAGGAUGUCGUGUCUGAUUUGCUUUCAAGAGGAAGUGGCGGAAGCUUGGCGACCAUCACGCUGUGCCUUCCAGGAGUUUGUGAGCUGGGGGACCCCUAUCAACCUGAGGGCAAUGACACCGUGGACACGGUUAAGAAGGAAUGCUCGUCGAGGUCACACAGCGGUACUCGGGCUCGAAGUUCCAAGGAGAAUAGAUUAAAUGAGUAG